AUGCAUGAUAUGAUCCGUGAACUUUGCUUGAAAGAAGCUAGGAACACGAAUUUUGUGGAAGUUAUUUCAACAAACAAUGAUCUAAAUUUAUGUGGUCAAUCCAUGCAUUUUCCCUUUGGGAGUCGAGGUCGGAUUAGUAUCCAAUUGGUUCGUGAUAAUGAGGUGCGUUCUAUGUUCCAAUUUUCUACAUAUCGCACGUGCAACGUAAUUCCAGAGAUGGUAAACAUCAAGCUACUACGAGUGUUAGCUCUUGAUAAUGUGGAAUUGGCAGAUCCUUCUUUACCUAGUUUCAUUCUCGAAUUAAUUCACUUGAGAUAUCUUUCUUUGGGUGUUUCUAUUGAUUUCUCCUUCAUGAAUUCAAUAAUUCUUGUUCCUCUGUCCAUAGCUAGUCUUCAUUAUCUGCAAACUCUUCAUCUUAAGAAUAUGAGAUCCUGUUAUAGGCCUCAUCGUUUCAGAUUACCAAUGGAAAUUUUUGACAUGUUGCAUUUGAGGUACCUCUGUUUGGACUGGAAUUAUAUGACUCAUUUUAAUUCAAGUGACAAAAGUUGUGAUUUGAAAACUUUGAACUGGAAUUACGCUAGUAAUUUUGUGUCCGGAGAGAGAAGUUUGGUUUUGAAAAAUUUGCAGCAUCUGUCUGGAUGGAAUCCUUUAUAA